AUGGACCAAGGGGAAGACAAUAGUGAUGAAAUGUAUGAAUGUCUGGAACCUGAUUUUGAGGAUAUGAAUGACUGUUUGGAACGUGAUUUCAAUGAAAGGUAUGAUGAUUUUGAUGCAAUGAAUGAUGCUAUGAACAAGGGAGGUGAAGAUGUUAUGGUUGAUUUGACUAAUGUAUUUAACACCGGCAUGAUGUUUGAUACGCGAGAUGAUUUAUUAAAAUGGGCUAGAAAUGUUGGAAGAGAAAAUGGAGUUGUCGUUGUUAUUUUUAGAUCUGAAAAUGCGACAGCACGACCAAGAACAAAGACAAAAUUAAUUCUUGGUUGUGAAAGAAGCGGUAAAUAUAGACCUUGGAAGAAUCCUAAACCGACGAGGAGUACUUGGAGUAGAAAAUGUGAAUGUCCUUUUAGAUUGAGAGGUACACCAUCAAAUGUUGGUGAUGGAUGGUAUCUGCAUGUAAUAUGUGGUGUCCAUAACCACGAAUUGGCCAAAAAACUGACUGGUCAUGCUUUCUUAGGCCGAUUGUCUCAAGAAGAGAAAGUUGUACUUGGUGAUAUGACGAACGAUAUGAUCAAACCAAGAAACAUAUUGAUGACAAUAAAGGAUCAUAAUGUUACAAGUUUGACGACAAUAAAACAAGUUUACAAUGCACGUCAAGCAUAUCGUUCAUCACUUAGAGAUAAUAGAACAGAAAUGCAACAUCUUUUGACAUUGAUGGAACGCGACAAAUAUGUCUAUCGAUAUAAGAAGGUAGAGGGUUCAAAUGAGUUGAGGGAUAUCUUUUGGACUCAUACAGACGCUAUCAGUCUUAUUACAGGUGGUGAAGUUGAAGUAAUUGUUACUGAUAGAGAUCUUGCUUUGAUGAACGCUGUUGAAUGUGUUUUUUCAAAGGCGGUCAAUUUAUUAUGCAUGUUUCAUGUAUGCAAAAAUGUGAAAGCAAAGUGCAAGAUGACUGUUUUUCCAAAAAAGAAGCAGUGGUUAAUUCCUCACAAGGAAAGAUUUGUUGAGGCGUGGACUAAUAGAGUUAUGCAUUUUGGAAACACUACAACACAAAGGGUUGAGUCGGCGCACUAG